GUAGGAGAAGGUGAAAAAAUGGUGCGCGCUCUGUUUGCUGUCGCCAGAAUUCAUCAACCAGCAGUAAUUUUCAUCGAUGAAAUUGACUCUCUUUUGACUCAGCGCUCUGAAACGGAACACGAGUCGAGCAGACGAAUAAAGACAGAAUUCUUAGUUCAAUUGGUGCGCAUCUAUACUUUUGAUCGCAUAUUUUAA